GCGCCUGGGAGAAGCUUACGUUUCGCAUAGCGCACAAGCAAUGUGCACAAGCAAUGUGCAUGGCGUUUUUUGGGCCUCAGCACUAUGCCUAACCCAAUCGCUGACUCGCAGCAGCUUCUCCCCACCAGAUUACUUAAUGCACUUCGCGGGUACAGUCCUUUAAACCUAGAUAAUCAGCCGAGACAGGUGCAAACCCACAACGGAGUCGACCAUGAUCUAGAGACGUCCGCAUCGCACCAACCCCGACGCCAUCCUGGGGCCCCUUCGCCAGCUGCCAGUAGCCUCCGUGCACCUAGUAAAGGCAUGGGUCCUCAACCGGAGCUAGCGCACCAGCAUGGCGACCGUUACCGCCAUGUUCCCUGGUUCGCCUACCCCCUGCUCGUUGCUGCGGUGGUUGCUGUGUCCUCCGCCGCAACCGUUUUCAGCCUCAUGCCGGAGGUUCCCGCUUUGACGCUGGCCGCAUGGCGGUUACAACUGACAGCGGUGCUGCUGGGGCUGGCGGCGGCGCAGCAGUGGCGCGACAUGUCCGCCGAAGACCGCUCUCGCACGCUCCACUCUUCCGGCUGGUUGGCUGCCAGCGGGGCUUGCCUUGCCGUACACUUUGGAUCCUGGGUUUGGGGCCUGCAGCACACGUCACUGCCGCACUCGUUGCUGCUGGUGUCUGCCACGCCGCUG